ACGUCAGCCAUGUCUCUCAAGGUGAUCCUCGUAGCGUGUGUGGCCGCAGUGGCUCUGGCCGAUAAGGCUCCCGUGUACCAUCAGCCUCCUGUUUACGCCGCACCCACGUACCACGCUCCCGAACCCGUGUACCAUGCCCCUGCCCACUACAAGGAGCCAGAGUACCCCACCGUCCCCCCGAAGUACAACUACAACUACGGCGUCGCCGACGGCUACUCCGGCGCCAACUUCGGCCACUCGGAGUCCCGCGACGGCUACAAGACCGAGGGCAGCUACUCCGUCGACCUCCCCGACGGCCGCAAGCAGACCGUCAAGUACGUGGACAACGGCGACGGUUAUGUGGCUGAGGUCAUCUACGAGGGCGAGGCUCAGUACCCCGAGUACAAGCCCACCUACAAGCCCGCUCCUUACCACGCUCCCCCCAAGUACCCCGUGUACUAAGGGUGUACAUUCUCGCUCAGACAUCGCGUACAUAUCAUUUCACCUCUCAGUUGCCUCAUUUCAUUUUCUAAACUGGAUCACUAAGGCUGAGGCUAUGUGAUCCUGCUUUAUACAUGGAGAUUCACAAUAAAAUAUUUUAC